AGAAGCAGCUCUGCCUCUGUCAGUGUGUGAGGAUUCACUGAUCCGGACUGAGCGGAGGACUCGGGGGACUCGGAGGACUAACUGAGUCCAGGUUCACUGAAUCAGUGCUGCAGCCUGUGGAGCCUCUUCAUCCUCUGCACCAUCAUCAUCAUCACCACCAGCAGCAGCUGCAGCGUGUGAAGCUGCAGACACAGCAGGUCUGUCUGAGUGGAGGGAUGGCGCUCUCCUUCCUCCUCCUCCUCCUCUUCACCGUGCUGCUCUCCCUCAGCGUGUCAGCGUAUAAUACAUCAGCUGGUUGUGUGAUCAUCCGUCCUCCCAGAGAUGGAGGGAUCCGGUACAGAGGACUGACACAGGAGCAGAUCCGCAGGGUUCAGGUGCUCCCUGUAGAUUAUGAGAUCGAGUACAUCUGCAGAGGAAACAGGAUGAUCGUCGGGCCAAAGGUCAGGAAGUGUUUGCCCAACGGCACGUGGACCGACCUGAGCUUGCGCAGCAGAUGCUUGUUGUUAUGUCCUCGUGUGGGGACGUCUUUGGAGAACGGUCGGGUGUCUUCAUGGCCCCCGGGACCCCCCGUGGAGGAGACGGUGCUGCACUACAGCUGUCUGCCUGGUUUCAUCCUGAUGGGAAGAAACUCGUCUCAGUGCAACAAGAUGGGGAAGUGGGACACUCCCAAACCUGUGUGUCGCUAUGAUCGACACUACAAAGGUAAGAAGAAGCUCUACAUCGGAGCUCUGUUCCCCAUGAGCGGGGGCUGGCCGGGGGGACAGGCCUGCCUCCCCGCCGCUCAGAUGGCUCUGGACCUGGUGAACAAGAGGAAGGACAUCCUGCCGGACUACGAGCUGGAGCUGAUCCACUACGACAGCAUGUGCGACCCGGGCGAGGCCACCAAGCUGCUGUAUGACCUCCUGUACACGGAGCCCAUCAAGAUGGUGUUGAUGCCGGGCUGCAGCUCCGUGUCCACGCUGGUCGCUGAAGCCGCUCGCAUGUGGAACCUCAUAGUGCUGUCGUACGGCUCCAGCUCUCCGGCUCUGUCAAACCGUCAGCGUUUCCCGACCUUCUUCAGAACUCACCCGUCCGCCACGCUGCACAACCCGACACGAGUCCAACUCUUCCAGAAGUGGAAAUGGACAAAGAUCGCCACGAUUCAGCAGACCACGGAAGUCUUUACCUCGACUCUGGACGAUCUGGAGGAGCGGGUGAAGGAGGCUGGGAUCGAGAUCAGCGUCCGUCAGAGUUUCCUCACAGACCCCGCUGUGGCUGUUAAAAACCUCAAGCGCCAAGACGCCAGAAUCAUCGUGGGUCUGUUCUACGAGACCGAGGCCCGCAAGGUGUUCUGUGAGGUGUACAAGGAUAAGCUCUACGGGAAGAAGUUUGUGUGGUUUCUGAUUGGCUGGUACGCUGAUAACUGGUUUAAGAUCAAAGACCCGUCCAUUAACUGCACGGUGGAGCAGAUGACGGAGGCGGUGGAGGGUCAUGUUACCACCGAGAUUGUCAUGCUCAACCCCGAGACGGUGCGAGGAGCCUCCAACUUGACCUCUCAGGAGUUUCUGGCCCGGCUGAUGUCUAAACUGGGGGGUAAGAACCCAGAGGAGACGGGGGGUUUCCAGGAGGCCCCUCUGGCCUAUGACGCUGUGUGGGCUCUGGCUCUGGCCCUCAACAAGACGGUGGGACCCUUGAGGGCCAAGGGCCACCGGCUGGAAGAUUUCAACUACAACAACCGAGGAAUCACAGCCGAGAUCUACAGAGCGCUCAACACCAGCUCCUUCGAGGGCGUGUCGGGUCAUGUUGUGUUCGACGCCCAGGGUUCUCGGAUGGCCUGGACUCUGAUCGAACAGCUUCAAGGGGGGAGCUAUAAGAAGAUCGGGUACUACGACAGCACCAAAGGAAACCUGUCCUGGUACGGAAACGACAAGUGGAUCGGCUCCGGCCCUCCUGCAGACCAGACGGUGGUGAUCGAGAAGUUUCGAUAUCUGUCUCAGAAAAUUUUUGUGACGAUGUCGGUGUUCGCUGGCUUUGGGAUCGUGUUAGGAAUCAUCUGCCUCACCUUCAACAUCUACAACAGCAACGUCAGGUACAUCCAGAACUCUCAGCCGUACCUGAACAACAUGACAGCGGUGGGCUGUAUGAUGGCGUUGGCUGCUGUGUUUCCUCUGGGCAUCGACGGCCUGCACGUCCACAGGACUCACUUCCCCGUCGUCUGCCAGUUCCGUCUCUGGCUGCUCGGUCUGGGCUUUAGUCUGGCGUACGGCAGCAUGUUCACAAAGAUCUGGUGGGUCCACACGGUCUUCACCAAGAAGGAGGACAAGAAGGACAAGAGGAAGCAGCACCUGGAGCCGUGGAAGCUUUACGCCACGGUGGGAGUCCUGCUGGGGAUCGACGUCCUGUCUCUGAUGAUCUGGCAGAUCGUGGAUCCUCUGCACAUCACCGUGGAGAAGUUCACCAGAGAGGCCCCUAAAGGAGACCUGGAUGUUCUGAUUCAGCCUCUGCUCGAGCACUGCAGCUCUCAGAAGAUGAACACCUGGCUGGGUGUGGUUUACGGUUAUAAAGGUUUGCUGCUGCUGCUCGGCAUCUUCCUCGCCUACGAGACCAAAUCCGUCUCCACCGAGAAGAUCAACGACCACCGAGCCGUGGGCAUGGCCAUCUACAACGUCGCUGUCCUGUGUAUGAUCACGGCUCCGGUCACCAUGAUCCUCUCCUCUCAGCAGGACGCCUCCUUCGCCUUCGCCUCCCUCGCCAUCGUCUUCUCCGUCUACAUCACGCUGGUGGUUCUGUUCGUCCCCAAGAUGAGGCGCCUGAUCACGCGGGGGGAGUGGCAGUCCGACGCUCAGGAGACGAUGAAGACCGGCUCGUCCACCAACAACAACGAUGAAGAAAAGUCGAGACAGCUGGAGCGAGAGAACAAGGAGCUGCAGAAGAUCAUCCAGGAGAAAGAGGAGCGAGUGUCAGAGCUGAGGAACCAGCUGUCGGAGCGUCAGGCCCUGAGGUCCAGGAGAAGAGCGUCCACCGUGUCCAAUCAGAACCACAGCUCUCCGCCCCUCACCGUCCCCUGCACUGACCCCCGCUCCCUGGCCCCGCCUCCAGGAUACCCCGUCCCCACCCUCGAACCCCACCCUGUCUCCGUGUCCUUCGCCAACUCGUCCAGCCUCUACCAGCCCGACAGCAAGAUCAGCCGGAACAACUGUCACACGAGCCGACUGCAGCUGCUCUACAAGUGAGGAGGGCGACGAGGAGGAGGAGGAGGAGGAGGAGGAAGGAGAAGGCGAGGAGGACACUGCAGACAUGGGCGCAGUAUUCAGGACUAGAUGCAGGUGGAGAGAGUGGAGAACAAACAUGGAGGAUAAAUCGUUCUCUGUCGUAGACUCGUGCACUCGCUCCCUGGAUCAGCAGAGAACAUGAAUCAGUCCAUGCUCUGAGACUAAAAAAACGUGUACGUAUAUCUCGUUAAAAAGACCGUGAUGUCAUUCAGAAACCUUUUAUACCAUCUGUGAUCAGCAGUGAGUUAACGUGUGCCAUGUAGAGUCUGAGCCCUGUUAGCUACGGAUGCUAACCUGUCCAGUUUUUUACUCUAACGCUGCUCUCGUCUACGUAGAUUUAACCUUGAAACUAGUUGUGUGAAACCCUUUCUUUCCCUUUGGUGAUAAAAUAAAUCAGAGCAGAUAUACUUUUGCUUGUGGGUUCCAUCACUGGCUGACUGUUUUCAAAAAGUGAAUCUUUAAGUGUCUGUGUCCACUGUGGGGGAAAUGUGUGCUGGCAGCCCUCAGUUUCAGAGCACGUAUUGUUGCUAGGUAACAAAAGUUAUCUUCCACCUCCCUGCGUACUGACCGUUAGGUUUGUUUCUAGAAAGCUCAGUGUGCUUGAUAUUUGAUUUUAUUCGAGGAAAUGUCACAAAGAAAACAUGGAAACAAAGUGAAGGAGUCAUGUCCUGACAUUGGCAGCAGCUCCACACCUGGAAAAUGUUCCCUCGAAAAGACGAGUCAGAUAAAUUUAUCCUCCGCCAUUUUUGUUGUUGUUGUCAAAGCUGAAGGAGAGAAGCACCGCCUCUUCUUGAUUUUGAUUGGGCGGUGAGGAAAGAGUGACAUUUACCAGAGAGGCGAUGCUCCAAAAGUAAAGCAACAAAAAACAGUUGGCGCUGAUGGCGGUAUUGCCCCAGGACGCUAAGCGCUGAAACACUGGCAAUGCAUGAAAAACCAGAUUAUCCGUCCUGUAAAUGCCCGGGAAUUUCCAUGACUGCUGGCAGUGAAUGACAGUUUCCACUGAUGUUUGCCUGUCCGAUUAUUGUCAAGAAAAAACUCGCAGUGUUAGGAUGGGGGGGUGGUGGUAGGAACGGGAGGGGUUAAAGCAUUUCUCCUUCUGUACCUGACGACCUCCUCGUGUUUUUGGUGUUAGAGUCUGUGCGUCUGUGCUGACAGGUGAACACACCUGAUCCUAAAUCAUUAAAGGUUUAUGAUUAGCUGAGUCAUGUUUGAGUUUUACAUUGUCUCUGUUCAAAGAGACUGCCGACUCGUUGUAUAUAAAGCGUGUGUGUGUGUGUGUGUGUGUGUGUGUGUGUGUGUGUGUGUGUGUUGUAUUUGUAGAGGACUCGUAGGAUCUCAACAGUUGUUUGCUUCAUGUCAGACUGUGGCCAUAGGCGGUAUAUGGUGGGGGGGGGGGGCCUGACUUCCCAGGGCCCCAACGAAGCCAGAGGCCUUUAUUGGGUCAGAAAUAAAUCUAUAGUUCCUGUUUGGAUUUGUUCACAUUAGGGACCAGCGUUUGUGUUCCGUUCACUUUGCUUGUUUACAUCCGGGUUGUAGAGCGGUGGGAGCAGGCCCAUUAACCGGAGCUACAGACACUUUAUGGUUACAGCCCCAUCUAGUGGCUGGUGGCUGCGUUGCAGUUUGAGCACAACAUUUGACCGGCAUCAAGGCCAACAUAAAAAAAUCUAAAUAAUUUGUUCAACUGGCAAUUAAUUCUGUUGCUGAUCUAGUGAGGGCUGUGACAUUUACAUCCCUAAUUUAGAAAUUUAAAGACUGAGGCCAUGUGUCCACAGAAAAGCGCUGGCUGUGCGCUCAGAAGCGCUUGCAUGAAGCGUUUGUGUGCUGAGAAGAAAAGCGCUGCACGUCUGUCCUGUCUCUGUGACAACCACCGUAUGUUGACAACGGCUCCGUUACUUUUUACUGCAUGUUUUAUAUUUGAGAUUGUUUUUACCCUAGCAGACACGGAGUGAGGAGGAUGUGGGUAAAAGACAUGAUUUGAGGCGGAUUUCAACCUAAACCAUAACACUUCCAACCAAACGCUAUGCAUUUUUUUCAGGUCAAUAAAGGUGGCUUCCUUCACUGGGGGCCUUGAGUAGUCAGUCCCACUUAUUUCUUCACUAAGACAUCCAUGAUGCCAGACUGGAGGUUUAAAAAUGGUACUGAUUCAAAACUCAGUUUUAAAACCAUCUGAAUCAUCAAAAUAUUUCUGACUUUUGUUUCAAGCACCAACACAGACGUGUUGUUUUUCUUUAUAUAUCAGGAGAUAUCUUUGUUAUAUCCAAUCAUUAUUCUGUUCAUUCCAUAGACAAAGACAUGUAGGUCUGAGUAUCGUCAGCGUAGAUCUGAUAAAUAGUGGUAUGAAUACAAUUUGCAUUUAAAGGGGCCGUGUAAUGAUCCCUGUGGUACUCCACAGGUCACACUAAACCGCUCCGGUGUGAGAUUCCCAUAUUAAGAGAGAAUUUAAAAAAGGGAACAGAAAAUCUAAAUAUGAAGACCACUAAAUUUUUGCUUUCGGCUUCUUUUUUUGGACUUUCUCUUUAAAAGUGUCAUCGAAUAACAGAGGGCGGCCUUUCAUCUGACUCGAUAAACAAACAAAGUUUCCGUUUUUUCUUUCCCUUCUGCAGAAUUGAACCACCAGUCGACUUCUGAUUUCCCUCCGGCGGGCCUCGUGUUCCCUCUUCUGCUUUUUGUUCUCACAAACACUUCCCCUUUCAGACACAGUGGAACUUUACCUUCCUGAAUAACAACACGUGUUUCACUCCUGUUUCUACCUAAAAAUAACCCAGUGAUAAGAGAGAAGGGUUUUCUGGUUUCCAAGUUUAUCCCUGAGUUUCACAUUUUAGGACUGAAUUCAGUAAGACAAGAUGUUGCCGUUCUUACAUCAUAAUAUUUAAAUUGUGAAGGAUCUUCUGUUUGUUUUUACUAAAUCACUGACUAACAUUUUAACUCAAGUUCAGCCCACAGAUUUUUUCCACAUCUUCAACUUUAGUGUGAUUGAAUUGAUUCUGUUCUGUUCUUUUUUUAAUUUGGCAUCGAAACAUUUGUGCCAAGCCUCUCUGAAUGGAGAAAUAGUACCAGAUACACAUGUAUAAACUGUGUAAAUAUCUCCUGUCUGUCUGUCUGUCUGUCUGUCUGUCUGUAAUGUGUUCUGUCAGGUGUGUUCAGAUAAAGUCCGCUGUGAGUAUGACUGUACAUAGCGAGGAUGAAAAAAAUAAACACAUCGGCCGUAUUUCAUGUGGUAAAGUAUUAAUCUAUAUUUCUAUAUGCUGUAAAAUCAGAGUGAAAAUAAAACUACAUGUUUUUCUCAAA